AUGGAAAUCGGUCCAAAUUUAUGUGUAUGGCCAAUUCAAAAUUUAUCACCUAUAGUUCAACAAAAUAAUGCUUUUGUAUAUAAUCGAUCAAAAAGUGUUGUACUAGAAUUAGAAAGUGACAGUGAAACAGAGGUGGACUCCACACCGACUCAUCAUCAUGAUCCAAUGAGAAAUGAGCAUCAAGACAAUCUUUGUCCGACCCAAUGGAAUACUGGAUUUAUUCAUUUAUCAUCGGAUGAGGAUAAAGAAGGAGAAGAGGCUAAUAAUCAAUGCAUUGAUAAUAUUGAUCUUGAUCGAUACAAUGUUUACGGCAAUCAACUUAAUGUUGAUACAUUGAAUAAUCAUGAGAAUACUGUGGUUGAUCAACAAGUUAAACUUGGAAACCGGCUAUUCAUUGAUGAUAAUGAUGAUGAUGACAAGAAUCAUCAAAAUUUACAUGAUUUUUAUGAUAAAAAUAAUAAUAAUAAUAAUAGUAAUCAUAACAAGGAUUAUACAUGUGGAUUUUGUGGUUUUGAUUUUGGUACUGCUGAACAAGUGGAAGAACAUGUUCUAUUGAAGCAUUCAGAUAAUCAGAUAAUCACUUCGAAUGAUAAUAGAACUACAUCUAUGAAUAGUUCUUCUACUGAUUCUUCUUCUCCUACUACUAAUAAAACUAAUAGUAUUAUUAGUAGUAUUGCAGUUACUGUCACUAAAAAUCCCAAUCAAUCUUCUAUAGAUUCUAUUACAAAAUUGAAUCAUUCCAGAUUAAUGUUAAAAGAGACAAGAAAAUCAGUAAAAAAUAUUGGUGAAUUAUCAACGGAUUUUGAUCAAAAGUCUUCAUCUUUAACUGUUGAAGUGGACGAUCAAAAAUCAAGAAGAAAUGAGAGUGAUUUUGCAACACUUAGUACAAAUAAUCCAAUGAUAACUGAUUGUCCUCUAUGCGAUCGAACAUUUGUUGGACGUCGAUCAUUAAAUAUACAUUUGAAUAAAACACAUUCUAUUAAAGACACUGGUAGUAACAAUACUAUUAAUAAUAAUAAUAAUAAUACUGAUAAUGCUGCCAGUAUAACAAAUAAUACAGAUGGUCAACAGCUGAAAACCAAUGUUGCGCCAAAAUUAACACGUCUUGCAUGCACGCGUUCUUUAAGAGGACUUCAUGGAAAUCUCAAUAGUGAUAAUAGCAAUAACAAUAAUGAUAAUAAUAAUAAUAAUAAUAACGAUAAUAAUGACAAUAAUAAUAAUAUUAAAACUACCAAUGAAACAAUAAAAUCUCCAACUGAAAAAUCUUUAUGUAAAAUUGUAGUUCGACCGCCAAUUCUUCCACGACCAUCACGUAUUCAUCAGUCUACUACCGCUAGUUCAUCCAUAUCACCAACUAAAACAAUUGUAGAUAAGAAAAAUUUACAAAAUGAAUCAUUUUCACCACGUUCUGAUGUUUCUGUAUGUGAAGAGUUGCAUUUAGCAAAAUCUCGACCAACUGUUUAUGCAGUUUCACCUCCACUAGCACCAGAACAAAGUAAGUAA